UGGCCUCUUGGCACAUGAAAAGCUGCUCAGUAUCACUAAUCCUCAAGGAAAUGCAAAUUAAAACCAGGUGAGCUAAUGGCUAGUAUGAAAGAAACAGGAAGUACAAGUGUUGGUGAGGAUGUGGAGUAAGGGAAACGCCUCAUUGGUGGGAUUUCAAUGGGUGCAGCCAGCUUGUCAAACAGUAUGGAGUUUCCACAACAAAAGGAAACACAACAAUACCAUAUGGUCCAUAAUUUCACUUGUGGGUAGUUCACCAAAGGUAAAAACUAGGACAGUAAGAUACGUGCACCCCAACGUUCACUGUGCUCAAGAUACCUUAGCAACACAGGAGUCCUUCAACAGAUGAAUGGAUAAUGAAGAUGUGGUAUCUACAUACAAGGGACUGUCCCUCAGUAAUAUAAAAGGGACAAAUUCUUGAUGUUUGUGACACCAUGGAUGGAGCUAGAGAGUAUUACACCAAGUAAAUAAGUCAGGCAGAGAGACAAACAAAACAGCUUACUUAUAUGUGGAAUCUAAAUGACAAAAUGAACAAACAGCAGAAAAUAGGAAGACUUAAAACUCUAGGGAACAAAUUGGUGUUUGUGAGAUUGGAAGGGCAUUGAGAGGUGAAAUCAUGGAGGGGAUUGAGAAGAACAGAUUUGCACUUAUUGAAUAAGUCAUGGGAAGGAAAAGUAGAGGACAGGGAAUAUGGUCAAUAAUUUUGUAGUUUUGUAUAGUGACAGCAAUUACACUUUUUAUGGUGAGCAUUUUGUAAUGUAUGCAAUUGUUGAAUCCCCAUGUUGCACACCUGACACGAAUAUAUAGGUCAGUAUGCUUCUACCAAAAAAUGAGUGAGUGAAUGAAUGAAUGAAUGAAUGAAUAAUAAAAAGUCCCACAAUUAUCAGUCAUCAUGACUGUGAAGACGAAAGUUAGGCCCAUCUUCCAGAUUGCUUGUUGUCCUUCAAACCCUCCCUCCUGUUGAGCUCUUCUCAGGGGCAGGGCAGCAACCACACACACCAUCUAAUCUCCUAAUGGCAGCUGAGCAGCUCAGGCAGGCUCCACCGAAGGCCUCUGUGCCCUCAGACUGGCCAACCCUCGGUUGGACCAGGUUCUGGAGAAGGGAUUGGCGUUUGGAUGCAUCCAUUAGAAAUAUGGCUCAGGCUUUGUAUGAGCAGGGUGAUGUUUGCCAUUCACCUGUCCUCCCUGUUGGACUUUUCAUCCAUCAUAGCCCACGUGGCCAGUCUUUCUGUCUUCCUGUAGAGGUAGGGUGUGGAUGUGUUUGUCUUGUCCAGUUCCUUCCUACUUGGCUCUUCUGAUAAUUCUUAUCUCCACAUUAGUCUGCAUCUAGUUUGAAGUAUUUGUGGAUGAACGUGCUGCCAUUUCAGACACUUUAUUAUUGUCAAAGCCCCAAGUCACAAGGGUUCUCAGAAAUUUGGUCCAUGACCAUUCUUCCUCAUGAAGUUCAUUUCCAUUUCGGGAUCAGUAUAUGAAUAGAAGCAGACAUAUGGCCUGUUUUUUAACCUUCCGCAUCAGGUCAUUUCUACGAAAUUCAACUAGGCUCCCAAUUCUUGUAGUUUUUCCCAGUGAAGGUAAAAUGAGUGGAUCAAAGACUCAGCGGAAUUCUUUGCAGAAUGAGCCUCUGAGUGAAGAGAAAAUACUAAUGUUUACAAAAAAUGAUUCCCGUUCUGUGUUUGUAGAGAAGCAGAAAUUUCACAGCAGUGGAGAUCUGACCCAAAUGCAGGAAGGGCUUUUGAGCAGUCCUUUGUUGGAGAGUGUCUGUGAACGUUUUGAAGGAGAUCAAUGUGGAGAAACCCUGAACUCGAUUACAAGUCUUACUGUGCAUGAGGGGUGUCCUACUGGAGGCAAAUCCUGUGAAUGUGCUAAGUGUAGGGAAACCUUCACAGAUGGUUUUUCCCUAGGGAAUCUGCAAAGAUCUCACCCAGGACUCAAAUCUAGUCCCUGUGAGGAAUGUGGGCCGGCCUGUAGCUCCAUCUCAAGCCUCAGCACUCAGGUGGGUGCAGACCUUGUAGAGAAAUCCUAUGAAGGUCAGGACACCGGGAGAGCAUCGGAGACAUAUGCAAAGAGUCUGAGUAGUAAAAAAUCUCUAGAGUGCAGGAAAUGUGGAAAAGCUUUCACUUGCAUUUCUUCUUUUCAGGGUCAUGUGCAAAAUGACCGUGUACAGAGGGUCCAUACAUGUGACAUGUGUGGGAAAACCUUCUUAUAUCACUCCUUCCUUACACGUCAUAUGAGAACUCACACUGGGGCUAGAACCUCUCAAUGUCAGGAGUGUGGGAGAGCCUUCGGGUAUAAGUCAAGCCUGCAAAAACAUGUGCGGACCCACGCUCGGGAGAAACCCUAUAAAUAUCAGCUGUGUGGGAAAGCCUUCCCUGGUCAGCACACCUUUCUUGUACCUGGGAGAAGACCUACAGGGGAUGGAUCCUGGGAAUGUAAAGAAUGUGGGACAACUUUCAAGAUACGUCUACAUUUUGAAUGUCACAUGACCACACACAAUGUAGUGAAACCCUAUGAAUGUGGGGAGUGUGGCAAAGCUUUCAGGCAUCACCCAAACCUGCGAGUACAUAUGAGGACACACACUGGGGAAAGACCCUAUGAAUGUAAGGAAUGUGGGAAAUCUUUCCAGAGGUAUGGUCAUAUUAAACGUCACAUGACCACUCACAGUACAUUGAAAACCUAUGAAUGUAAGGAGUGUGGCAGAUCCUUUCGGGAUCAAUCAUACCUGCAAGUACAUAUGAGGAAGCACACUGGGGAAAGGCCCUUUGAAUGUCAGCAGUGUGGAAGAGCCUUCCGGAAUCACACAGACCUGCGAGUGCAUAUGAGGAGACACACUGGAGAAAGACCGUAUGGAUGUCAGCAGUGUGGGAAAACCUUCAGAUAUCAUUGGAAUCUGCGAAAUCAUGUGAAGAUACACACGGAGGAGAGACCCUAUGAAUGUCAGGAGUGUGGGAAAACGUUCAGGUAUAAGUCAUGCCUGCGAGAACAUAUGAGGACGCACACGGGGGAAAGACCGUAUGAAUGUCAGGUGUGUAGGAAAACCUUCAGAUAUCAUUGGAAUCUGCGAGAACAUGUGACAAUACACACAGGGGAGAGACCCUAUGAAUGUCAGGUGUGUGGGAAAACCUUCAGGUAUAACUCAUGCCUACGAGACCAUGUGAGGACACACACUGGCGAGCAACGCUAUAAAUGUGUGCAUUGUGGAAAAGCCUUCAGUCGUAAGUGCACCCUUGUACUACAUACUGUGAGAAAUCAUGCAGGGGUGGAAACUUGGAAUGUAAGGGGUGAGGGGAAGCUUUCAGGAAACAUCGACCUCUGAACAUUACAGGACCACACACAAGGUAGUGAAACCCUAUUAAUGUCAGGAAUGUAUCAGAGCCUUCAUGUAUCACACUGAUCUAUGGAUACAUACGCAGACACACACUGGGGAAAAACCCUGUAAAUGUCAACACUGUGGGAAAGCCUUCACAUCUCCUUGAAACUUGGGAGCACAUAUGAGGACACAUGCUUGGGAGAGAUCCUAUGAGUGUCAGCAGUGUGGGAAUACCUUCAGGUGCCCAUCACUGUGGAAGUACACAUACGGACACAUGUUGGGGAGAGACCUUUUGAGUAUAUAGAGUGUGGGAAAGUUGUCAGUUAGCUGCAAAAUGUUCAAGGUCAUUUGAAAACACACAGCGCAACUAAACCCUAUGAAUGCAAGAGGUGUGGGAAGGCAUACAAGUUCUUCUCAUCUCCUCAAGUGCAUAUGAAGAAACACCCUGGGGAGAGAUCUUGACAAAUCACUGAUCCCUUCAAGAACA